AUGGGACCUCCCUGCGCUCAAUUUCUACUGGCGUGCCAUCUGCUACACCUUACACACCAACGCCCGCAAACACCGCAUACACCCACGCUGGGAGCCACACUGUCGCACAUGCCCCGCUUCCAUCGACACACAGGAACACCGCUUCGGCCUCUCACACCCUAUAUGCCCAAUGUCUGUCCCACUCUCCCAAAAAUUCUCCUCGCCACACAAGCCAUCCUCCCAAAGGCCUGGCUCCCUGACCAAGAUAUCUACCUACCUGGACAUAACACAGCAACCGCGCACAUCCUGCCAGGACUGAAACGUCCGCAAUGGAAAAGCCGUGGCGGCAACCCCUCCCCCAACACGGGCACCUGCAUGAUUCCCCUUACCGUUCAACGCUGUAUCCAUGCCCUCCACAUGCAACGCCUACUGCCCCCCCCCAACCCGAAUCUCUCAUGCUCGCUGCCUCCCAACUAUCCUGGGAAUUUCACCAGUGCCCCAAGCCGGGCCUCCUACUACCGCGCUGGCUAUACCACACAGCGCUGCGAUCCACCCCCCUCCUUGCACCACGGGACUUCUGGUUUGGUCAAUGGAUGGGAGGACCCAAUGGCGCUACAUUUCAUGGACCACUCGGACGCUCCCCCCACUGCAUUAUCCCCCGUCCCCCGACUAACCACCACUGGUGGAUCCAUGCCACUCACAACCCCUACCCCUCCACUUGGUGGCGCCUACUUACCCUGGCAAUACAUGAAGCUACCGCUCAUCACACGCCGGCCACCUACUGGUUUGUCGUUCCCGAUGGCUCACGUGGCCAUACAACGGCUGAGCAGCUACAAACAACAUGGCUCCUCACCAUACCCCCGCGCCAGCUCUCACUUCGCCACAUCUCCUCCAUCCACCACACCUCCACGCCCCACUGGGGAGAACUCGCUACUGCUGCACUGGACAGCCAUACUUCAACUCAUCGAUGCCACCCAUUGGCUGCAUAGGCCUCCCCCAACCACUCUCCUCAGCUCGGAGGAAACUCACACGGCAGAUGCCCCACGAUUUCUCACUGCCCCCACACACUGCCUGCACUGGGCCCAGACCUCCAUUCCUGACUACGACCCAUAUGCCCUCGACUCCCGCGCAUUCCUAACGGCUAGGUACCCAACUAUACACCACGCUACCCCAGGCUGGACAACUUUCCCAACCAUAACUCACUCCACCCAAGCCUGGGCAGCCUCAAUUACCCAUCUCCGCGCUCCGCUUUUCCAUACCCACUGGUUCGUGGCGCACUGGGCAGUCCUCCGCCGACAUUGGCAAACUACAUGCGCUACUAACGUGGACCACAUACGCACCACAGGGGAACUACCCCUCCUCACUGAGGUUAACAACACCAUCCGGCUUAAACGCCGCUACCACGAUGCCGCCCCCAUGGGCCACGACCGACGUAUCCGUGCCCGCAGAGCCCACCUCACAGCCAAGACGCUGCAAUGGCACUCCCGUAGAAUCUCCUUACUACAACCCGCCAUCCCUCCUCCCAUAGGCUACGCCGACCCGACCCUACGGCCACCGCGACUCCCCCCGGACCCCGGAUUACCUCCCCCAGCGGUAUAA